UUUUUUUUUUCUUGCUUUAAUUGAUAAAACUUUGGAAUAUAUAGAACAAAGAUACGAAUCAGUUCAAUAUGUCGUUAAAUCCCAAAGCAUCUGAAUGGAAGCCUAGUUUUACUGCCAAGGAAUUUGUACCUUCAUUUGGUAUUCCUGCCCAACCUGCUCAAUCUACGCAACCUGCUACUCAACCUGCUGCUCAAUCUUCUGCUGCUCCUGCCACUUCUGCGCCUGUUCGUGUACUCAAGUUAACCGAAACCAAACCUGCUCCUGCUGCGGCUGAAUCCAAGGUAAAAGAAACUCCCAUUACUGAAGAAAAACCAAAGGUAGCAGAACCUCCCAAAGCUGAAGUCAAGGCUGAAGUCAAGACAGAAGUCAAGACAGAAGUCAAGUCUGAAGUCAAGACUGAAUCUCAACCUGCUGCUGCUUCUUCCAAACCCAAGUCUGCUGCUGCCACCAAGGAAGCUCGUCAAGCUAUGGAAAAGGCUGCUGAAAAAGCUGAUGCAGUUGCUGAAGAUUUGAAUGCCCUUGAUGACGAAAUUGUAGCUGAUUUAUAUGGCAAGGAACAUUUGAAUGUUGUCUUUAUGGGUCAUGUUGAUGCCGGUAAAUCUACUAUGGGUGGUAACAUUCUUUAUUUGACUGGUAUGGUUGAUAAACGUACUAUGGAAAAAUAUGAAAAGGAAGCCAAAGAAGCUGGUCGUGAAUCAUGGUACUUAUCUUGGGCUCUGGAUACUGGUUUGGAAGAACGUGCCAAGGGAAAAACUGUCGAAUGUGGUCGAGCUUACUUUGAAACUGACAAGCGUCGUUAUACUAUUUUGGAUGCUCCUGGACACAAGAACUAUGUUCCUAGUAUGAUUAGUGGUGCUUCUCAAGCUGAUGUUGGUGUGAUGGUAAUCUCUGCUCGUAAAGGUGAAUUCGAAACUGGUUUUGAACGUGGUGGUCAAACUCGUGAACAUACUAUGUUAGCCAAGACUUCUGGUAUUUCAAAGAUGAUUAUAGUGAUCAACAAGAUGGAUGACCCCACUGUUGAAUGGGAUAAAGCGAGAUAUGAUGAAAUUGUUUCCAAGUUGACUCCUUUCUUGAAGCAAACUGGUUUCAAUCCCAAGACUGAUAUCCACUACAUGCCAGUGUCUGGUUUCACUGGUGCUAAUAUCAAAGAACGAUCCAAGGCAUGCACAUGGUACAGUGGUCCAUCUCUAUUGGAAUACUUGGAUGAUUUGAAGACUUCGGAUAGAAAGUUGAAUGCUCCUCUUAUGAUUCCCAUUGCUGAAAAAUACAAGGAUAUGGGUACUAUCGUUGUUGGUAAAAUUGAAUCUGGUCAUAUUAAGAAAAAUCAAACUGUACUUCUUAUGCCGAACAAGCGUCCUACCGAAGUGACAACUAUUUAUAACGAAACCGAAGAUGAAGUUGAUCAAGCCGUUUGUGGUGACAAUGUCAGAAUUCGUCUCAAGGGUGUUGAAGAAGAUGAAGUAUCACCUGGUUUUGUACUUUGCACCAAAAAGAAGCCUGUCAAGACCGCUACCAAAUUCAAUGCUCAAUUGGCUAUUUUGGAACACAAAAACAUUAUUUGCGCUGGUUAUACUGCUGUGCUACAUGUCCACUCUGCAGCUGAAGAAAUUACCCUUGGUGCUCUUCUACAUUUGAUUGAUAAGAAGACUGGCCGUAAGUCCAAGCGCCCUCCACAAUUUGUCAAGCAAGGUCAAAAGGUGAUUGCUAGAAUUGAAACAACUGCGCCAGUAUGUGUGGAAACCUUUGAAGAGUAUCCUCAACUUGGCCGAUUUACUCUCCGUGAUGAAGGAAAAACUAUUGCUAUUGGUAGAAUUACAAAGGUGUUAGAAGCUGACGAGUAGAUUUAGUUAUAUUGUUUUUUUUUUUUAUAUAUAUAUAUAUUCUUUAUUUUAUCACUCAUUUGUUUAUUUACAC